UACCACGUCAGUGCUUAGAUACAUUCCUGUGGAUGUGUGGCUCCUCUCGGCUGCUACCUAUGGUAGGUAAGGACAAUGCCAGCUCUAGCUGUAUGGCCUGCUGGUGACAUGUUCUAUAGGCUGCAGUGCUGCUAAUUGCUGUUUUCUCUGAGGAAACUACACAAUCAGAUUAUUUCCAGACGGAUACACACAAGUCAACUAUGAAAUCAAUUAGAUGUGUUGGUGUCUUAUGACAGGAGAACAGGGCUGUGUGUCUUCCAGCAGCCAUAGGGUGGCUGGAGGUUACAAUCUUGUCACAGUCAUUUGCACCAUCUACCCCAGAAGAUGGAACCUUAUUGGAUUUCUCCUGUCACUAGUGUUAAGUUUCUGGGGGUGGUUGCUUUCGAGGAGUAGAGGACUGCUUCCAGGAAAUUGUCCAAUCUGGCGAGGCUCAGUUUCAGAGGUUACAAGUUGCGUGCAUGUGCGACGUUGAUGUUCAUGUGAUGUUAUGCCUGGUCAGGUGAGGUCCGUUUUAUCAGCUGGGAGACGCAGUAAGAGGACACACUCACACAGCCAAUCCAGCAAGCUAUAGCAAGUAACUAAUGGAUGUGCAGAGGGUAUUGAUCAAAUGCACUAAGUGGAGUUUUCCACCGGGACAUGAGAGUCGUUCUAAGCACCCCUUCCACCACCAUCACCAUCCAACAGACAGAGGAACAAAACUCCCUGGACUCUAACGGCUCAAAUUUAAUUUUUUGAAGAGUUUCUGUUGGAUGUAGACGCUGAAGAUACCAUGGAAACGUGGCCUGUUCUUCAAGCAUGCCACAUUGCAUCUGACAGGAAGAAGUACUAAUAUCGAGCCAGCAAGAGGGUUAAGGAGAACCCACACAGGGUUAAUUAAACUCAGGGUAUCUGGUAUGAGCAUCUUAACCCACCAACCUACAUUGUCUUUGAGGAGAUUUACACAGUUUCUAUUUUCAGUUCAAUGGGAUUUGAAUUGGGAUCCCUAAAAACUGAAUGCGGUGUGAUUUUGUUUCAUGGAGUUGGUGUGAGAAGAAAUUUGAGUGCUCUGUUGAUGUUAGGAUAUACCAUACUACAUGGACAACAGAGUGAUGAGCGAAUGCAGGAUCGCUACUAGGAACAGUGUUCAUGGUGUUGAACAGCAUUCUCAGGGUGUUCACUUGCUUGGUCCGCCUGAUUAUUUCUCUGUGUAAAACUCAGACCCAGUUUGUCAUGUUGAAACCAGACACUGACUUUGACCGGCGCAGGUCUCGUACCAGUCUUGCAUCCAUCUUUGAGGAUUUGGUCAGUUUGAGAAAGUCCCUCCUAAACAGAGAUACUGACACACUGAGUCAAAGGUCCUGGGUUGAAAAGACAUUUUUCAAGCGAGAGUGUUCCAAGUUCAUCAAGAGUUCCAGAGAUGCAACAAAAUGCUGCUGUGGGCGUGGUGAGGCAUGGCAUGGGAACCUGCCUCGACCCCCUGAAGAUGACACUCCAAAGCAUGAUGAGCGGUGGCACCCAAUCAAGCACUCAGAGCCCAAACCAACUGAUGCAUAUGGCACCAUAGAGUUCCAGGGAGCGCCACAUCCCAGCAAGGCACAGUAUGUCAGAUUGAGCAGCUUUGACACACGCCCCGAGCAGGUUCUCCAUCUCCUACAGAAACACUGGGGCCUUGACUUACCCAAGCUGCUCAUCACUGUACAUGGUGGCAUCCUAAACUUUGACCUCCAACCCAAGUUGAAGCGAGUGUUCCGCAAGGGUCUCCUCAAAGCUGCCAAGACUACCGGAGCAUGGAUAAUCACAGGUGGAACAAAUACAGGUGUUACACGACAUGUUGGAGACGCCAUCAGCGACCGCACAACCAAGGCCAGGAACAAAGUGGUGGCCAUUGGGAUUGCCCCAUGGGGGAUUGUCGAAAACAGAGAGGACCUCAUAGGGAGAGAUAUAGUGGUCCCAUAUCAUUGUGUAUCUUCACCCAAAACCAAUUCAGCCGUCCUUAACAGCAAUCACUCCUACUUCCUCCUGGUGGACAAUGGAACCAUGGGAAAGUACGGGGGCGAGAUUCUCUUCAGGAAGAAGUUGGAGAAAUACAUUGCCCAGCAAAAAAUAUGCAUAACCAGUGGUGUGAAAGGUCGUGGUGUGCCAGUGAUCUGUGUGGUGCUGGAGGGUGGGGCCAAUACCAUCCGCUCAGUUCUGGAGUAUGUGACAGACACGCCUCCUGUCCCCGUGGUGGUGUGCGAUGGGAGCGGGCGAGCAGCCGAUCUUCUGGCCUUCACACACAAGUACACCAUUGAUGAUGGCACAAUGCCGGAGAGUCUACGUGAUCAACUGAUCAUGACGAUACAGAAGACAUUUCAAUACACCCAGGAACAGGCAGAGAAACUAUUCAUCGAACUCAUGCUGUGUGUCAAGAAAAAGGAACUGAUAACAGUAUUCCGAAUGAGUGAAGGUUCCCAGGAUAUUGACUUGGCCAUCCUCACUGCUUUGCUCAAAGGUACCAACGCAAGCGCUCCUGACCAGUUGAGUCUGGCACUCACCUGGGACAGAGUGGACAUUGCACGCAGCCAUAUAUUUGUGUAUGGACAGGAGUGGCCAGAAGGGUCCUUGGAGCAAGCAAUGAUGGAUGCCCUAAUCAACGACCGUGUGGACUUUGUGAAGCUGUUGCUGGAGAACGGAGUCAGUAUGCAUACCUUCCUCACCAUCCACCGACUCGAGAUCCUCUACAACACGAGGCAAGGUCCAACCAACACCUUGAGAUACCUGAUCCGAGACAUCCGAAAGCAUGUUCCCUCCAACUACAACUACACGCUACCUGAUGUGGGGCUGGUUGUCCAGCAUCUCAUGGGUGGUGCGUUCCGAUCAUCGUACUGCAGAAAACGAUUCCGCCAGAAGUACCUCGCACUCAAAAACCAUCUUUCGGAACAAGAGGGUGCCUCUAUAGGCAAUGUGGUGACAUCCAUCCCGCACCUGGUGAACACCAAACAGGCAGAGGAACUGUUUCCCUACCCAUUCCAUGACCUGAUGAUCUGGGCCGUCCUCAUGAAGAGACAGAAAAUGUCUCUGUUCAUGUGGCAGCAUGGAGAGGAAGCUAUGGCCAAGGCUCUGUUAGCAUGCAAGCUGUUCAAAGCAAUGGCCCAUGAAGCAGACCAGGAUGACUUGGAAAUAGAACUAUCAGAUGAAUUUAGAUCCUAUGCAAAAGAGUUCCAGACUCUAGCCCUGGAGUUGCUGGAGCACUGCUACAAGAUAGAUGAUGACUACACCCAGCAACUACUCACGUAUGAGCUGAAGAACUUCAGUGAGCAGACCUGUCUGAGCCUGGCAGUGGCUGCCAACCAUCGGGAGUUCAUUGCUCACACCUGCUGCCAGGUGUUACUCAAUGACCUCUGGAUUGGGGGGCUGCGCAUGAGAAAAAAUACAAGUAUGAAGGUGCUACUGGGAAUCCUCCUGCCGCCAUACCGCCAUGUAGCUGCCCUGGAGUUCAAGAGCAAGGAGGAGUUGCAGCUCAUGCCUCAGACAAUGGAAGAACAUCUGGAAGAGCUUGAAGAUGGUGCCAGUGAUAAUGAUAACAUCUCAGUCAGCUCCUUCGAUGAAGACCAGAAUGACUUUAACGAUGACCUGGAGACAAGCUUCCACUCAGCACUACAAGCUCCUGCCAAGGAGAAUGGCACUGUGCCAGUAGAUGUCAGCACAUACUUCAACCACCCCUUCAAGAAGAAGAAGAGUCCACUCAGACUCGGUAAAAAGAUCUACGAGUUCUACAAUGCUCCUAUCACUAAAUUCUGGUCCCAUACGAUGACAUACCUUUCAUUCCUGGUGAUGUUUGCCUUCAUCAUACUGGCCAAGAUCAAGCCCACACUCGGUUGGCAGGAGUACUAUGUGGUCACCUACAUCUUGUCUCUUGCUGUGGAGAAAGUCAGACAGCUGAAAGAUAUGGCAUAUUUCAUCAUCAUCCUGUUUAUUGUGGUGACAAGUUUCGGCGUGGUGCGUCAGUCGAUCCACUACCAGAAAGAAGACAUGAACUGGUCCCGAGUACUCAGGAACGUGUGGUUCUAUCCAUACUGGAUGAUAUAUGGAGAGUUGUUUGCAGAGGAUAUAGAUCCAUGUGAGCAUAGUGACACAUGUCCGUACGGAUCGUGGGUCGCGCCAGCCAUAAUGUCUGCCUACCUCCUUGUGGCCAAUAUACUGAUGAUCAACCUUCUUAUUGCAAGAUUUAAUUCAACAUUCUACAAGAACAACGCCAUCUCACUUGAGAUCUGGAAAUUCCAGCGGUAUGAACUGAUUCAAGAAUAUGAAAUGAGGCCCAUCCUGCCACCACCUCUAAUUAUUUUCAGCCAUCUUUACCUGGCAUUCAAGUACCUUAGACGACGCUGCAAGGGCAAGAGGGACUACUACGACAAUGGACUCAAAUUGUUCCUGUCGAAGGAGGACACAGAGAAACUUCAUGAUUUUGAGGAGGAAUGUAUGGAAGACUACUUCCGGGACAAAGAAAUCAAGUUCCAAUCCUCAUCUGAAGAACGAAUCAGACUCAUCAAUGAGAGGGUUGAAAGUAUGUCCAUGCGGGUUGAUGACAUGAACCAGAAAGAGAAUACCAUCAAGCUCUCUCUUCAGACUGUGGACUAUCGUCUUGGUCGACUGGAAGAGAUUGCACACCAAACUGCAGACGCUCUCAACUAUAUCCAGGCAUGUCUUGCUCAUGGUGAGAAUCGCUCUUUCCCAACCACCCGGUUCCUCCACCCUUCCAUAUCCAGCCAUGAUUCCGUCAUAGAACAGGACCUUCCAGCAAUCAUCAUGGAGCCACUAAUGACCCAUGAUCGGGGUCGUGCCUCCAGCUCUGACUUGUCUCAUGGAAGAAUAACACCAGAGACUCAAAUGCAUAGUCAGCCAUCUCCUGUACUGAUACAUUCGAAGAAGCCACUGAACCAUGAACAGUUAGAAAAGUUCACCAAUUACAGCCGGGGUCGACAGCUGAGUGGAGGCACCUAUUCCAGCUUACCGUCUGUGGAUACACAACCUGGAAGUGUUGAUGGGCAGGAUUCACAGAAAGAUGGUACUUCUGGAGAGUCUGCAUUACGAUCACCUGAAACAAGUUACGACAUUUCCAAUGAUAAGACCUUUAACAAAUCCAAUUCUGCUGUUCCUGCAGAAGAUCUAACACCUGUUACAACUGCAUCCAGCCCUGCAACCAUUGCCCCAAGUGAGGCUACCGUUGCUCGAAACCCUCUGCAGUUAUUCAAUCUCCAGUGGUUGUCCCUCCAUCCCCUGUUUCUGAUAACCCAGCUACCCCUGUGAGUUGUAACCAUAGCAUCUCCGACAGUGUCACCUCCUUCUCCCUUACUCUCCCCAGACAACACAAGUACUCCCAUCAGUAACUCUGAAGUGCCACUUCUACAAAGAAGACAUGGGCCUAAGCUAUCCACUAUAAGUCUCAAUAAGGCUAAGAUGAGUCCUGAAUCUAAAUUACGAAUCAUUGGAGCACAGAACAUCAAUCUGCAAGAAGCAUCUUCAACCGCUGAAUCUCAUGGAGAGAUCACACUCAGUCCUGGCUCAAGUGCUGUUUUCACCACAGCCAAACUCCCUGCAGCGACCAAUACAUCUUCAAUACAAGGUCCAGACAAACCAGACAAUCUCAAUCUGAAUGCAACCAAAAAGACUGAUUGGAAGUCUGUACUCUCUGGUAAAACUGAUCAUGCAUACACUCCGAUCUCACCUGAGGUCACCCCACUGACGCCUUCUAAGUCGAUCACCCAAACUACAGGGUCAUUCACUACGCCAGAUCCUGAGGUGGUCCCACAAUCUGCAGUCAGGGAUUUAUCAUCAAUCCUAACCCCACUACAUGCAGAGUACACUUCAAUCACAGAUGACAUCGAUACAUCAUGCAUUAAAGACAGGAGCCCACAACGAAGUCCCACAUCAAGCAACGUUUUCUUCUCUGACAGCUUUUCAGGAUCUGCUCCCCUGGAGACCCCAGCCUACAAGAGUGAGAAGGAACUCCUCCGGAAGGCGGAGGAGAUUGAACAUCGCAAGAUGGAGCAGGUGAUCAGGCACAGACUCCGACAGAUAUCCAUGGAUGAGAGUGACAGUAUCAGCGACAUCGCCAAGCUGGUUGUGAAUGAGCUGGGAAUGGAUGUGAAAAAUGUCCCUCAGGAGGACGAGGUCGAGGAGGAUGAGGAGGAGUGUGAGGAAGAAGAGAAGAUCAUGUUUGGUGGAGUGGAAAUCAAGAUCUCAUCUUGCAGCAGUCAGGAGAGCGAUCAGCCACCUCCACAUUGUUGACCUCACGAUCACUUAGGAAAUAUACUGUACUUGAUCUAGGCUCAAGAACUGACCCUACUGUGGACAGACCUGAUUAUUCAAUGGUUUCUUCAAGAAGAAAUUCACUCCCUGAAGAGCAUGGAUUACAGCUGAAUUAUCAGCCAGAUGAGAUCAUUGAGGUCAAGGCUGUUCUACAGGGUCCUCCAUAUCUGUGAUCAUGAUGAACCCAGGUUACUGUGCAAAGGGUAGACUGAUGCUGUGUGAGCAUAGCAAUUCACUCAACGAUAUUCAACCACUAGUGCUAUUUAGAUCAGGUUGAUGCUAUCUGACAGUGACCACGAUUACUCUGCCUGCCUUGCCGGUGGUUGUGAUAAUCAUCAACCUUGUGGACCUCCCUCCCGUUGACUGACACCUGCUCAUCAUAGUCUCUUGCUAAAGUAGGCAACUGUUGUUGGUUCCUGUAUAUCUUACAUCAUGCAAACAGCUGCAAUGCACAUAGAACAACCGGUUUGGUACAGUGGAAUAUUACAGACAUAUAUUUUUUUUGGUGGCCAAGCUUCUCUUGCUCCCUGUAAGCUUUGGGGUAUUUUGGUGUGUUGCUUUUGGAGUGUGGUUUAUGUUUCCACUUUUCUGGUUCUUAUGCAGUAAAGUAAAGACAAUAUUAAUAACUACUUUUAAAAGAAAUUAUUGUGAAGCAGUCCAGUUAAAUCAUUGUGUUAGAGGAAAGAUUUGGUUCAAUGUUAUGUUCACCAAAACUAAAGACUUUGCAAUUCAUAGAUUCUAGUUUUUUCCCCUUGAACUCACAGAGGUAAAACUAAAGACAUUGCAGUUCUUGGAUUCUUAUUAUUUCCCAGGAAGUUUGUGAAAAAUAAUUUUGUAAUAGUGUUUUGUCAAAACACUGAUACUGCUGUGGUAAACAGGUAUUUGCAUUGUAUCGAAGUUUUGUAUAAUCAGAGGUAGUAGAUCGAGGGUUGAGAUCACUUGUAACAUUGUACAAGUAUAAACACACGAGUGGAGCAUUCAUUGUGUUAUUGUCUUGCCACUUCAGUUUUGUCAUUAUGAAGAUUUAUUUUGGUCAUUGCCCAAGAACACAAUAUAGUCUAAGAUAGUUUCAUUUUGUAUCAGAUACCUUUGUGUAUCAUGCAUAGGAAAGAUGAGUGCCAUUGUUGGACUUGGGCUCAGCGAUCAAAUCUAGUUAACUAACUGGGUAACCUGGUGGUAUGUGGGUUCAUUCAGCCAAGUUUGUGAUGAUUAGUUACAAUGAUGUUACAGUACUUGUACUCACUAGAUGGUAAAUUGUAACUGUGUCACGAUAUACACGAUAUGUAGGAGCCACCUGUACACUCUCACUUCCAUGUUGGAUGUUUUUGUCACUGUCAUUGGAGUGAAAUGUACAGCAUAGUUCACAAGGUAACAUUCAGGGUUAAGGUCAUGUGAUUCGAAGAUGUUGUUAGUUGUUUUCCAUUGUGUUUAUGUUAUUCCUAAAUCAUUGGCUUAAGAAUGAGCACAUCAUUUGUUGAAAUUGUAACUUCAUGGAUAAUGUCAGGAUUAAGUAUUUAGAGUACUUUCCAGAUUUCUCGAAUCAUUCAAAAUUGUUACUGGAGUAUUUAAUAAUUACAGUGUUUCUAUAUUUUGUGAAAAUGACAAAAACUAUAUGGAAGGUGAUAACAGUCAGUAGUUAGAAAGCGUGACAUUUGGUUUAUGCAAUUUGUGUGUUGUUGAAACUAAUGUGUUUAUGAAUGAUGUAAGGAUGGUGUCACCUGCCCCACUGACUGUAUGCAAGAGUUGUUUCAACCAAUGGAUGCAUGGUAAUAUACAGUGUCACCCUGAGCACUGUCUGUGAGGACCCCUCACUCUCACUGUGAUGUCACCAACCUUCUCAAGCAAUACUGUACCUAUAGUCUCACUUGUCACUGUCACUGUGAUAUUGGCCUCAGCCACACACAGUCUGCAAGUUGCACUACAAUAUACCUUGAUGUUCAUUACAAUGUGUGAACAUAGAAUGCUAAGACUUUUGUUUGAGGAACACUUCUCUUGAAGUUAGUGCUUGAUCCAUCUGAGAAAUAUUCUCAAGGAAUUACAUAUUUGAUGUUUGAGUUUAUGUCCUGUAAGGUACUGUGUUGCAAGCUAGUUUUCUCAAAUAAUUAUGCUAUGAGGAAAUAUUUAUCAAUUUUACUUUAUGAUUUGGAGUGAGUUUUAUGUUUGAUGGCCAAGGGCACUCUUUGUCCUUUGUCUAUGGAGGUUGAGAUAGGAUCUCUCUCAUAACAGGUUAUUUACAUUAGGAAAUACCAGGAUAUACUGUUAAUGUCCGGUUGCUGUGUCCAGCUAGAACUAUAAAGUGAAACUUCUAUGGUCAUGGUUUCAUACAUAACUAAAUGAGAGUAUAUGUGUUUCAUACAUCCUCACGUUAACUGUGUAGUAGAUAAAGAGAUUUGUUAACAACACCUAUUGCUGAAGUUACAAUUGCUAUGACAUCUAUUAAUUGAUUCAAAAAUAUGUUGUGACUGUAACAAUGAAAUUAUUUUGAUGUUCAGUAAAACUAAUAACAGGCAUAAGUCCAGUACAAAACUUAUCAUUUCCCGUCUCGCACCAAGUGAGACAUUGUAUCUAAUGUAUUCAACAGUGAUGUUCUGCUUUUUACAUUUUAAGCACAAAACAGCUGACUUUAAUCUUCUUUUUUUAAAUCAUUACUUAUGAAGCACCUUUUUACAAGUUGUUUCACACCUAUCAACAAAUAUUUCAUGAAAAUGUGAAUGUUGUCAUUUUCACAAAAGCUUGAACACAUUUCGUCACCCAUCAAUCUCUAUUUCCAAUGUGACAUGUAAUUGAUGUUAUGAUAUUGUGAUAAGGGCAGCUAAAUGUGUAAGGGAAUAUAAAUAUAUGCUGAACAUAUAUUACCGUAUGUGGGACUCUUAAUACUUGAAUGGCAAGGAUUUUAUGCAAGGUAAUGAUUAACAUAACAUCCUGCAGAUUGGAACUAAUUUCACAAAAUGCUCAAAAUGAUUAUUUGUUUAGGUAACUCAACUUGCUUGAAUAUAUUGGAAAAUUAAUAAAUCAGCAUAAAUGUAUUAUCUUUUGGGAGUAAGUACCUUGUAAUCCAUCCACAUUAUAGAGAGCAAGUUUUGUGUCUAGUUGAACAUGUGACAAACAUCUAAAAGUACAAGUGUCACUUACAUGAGUUGUCACUGAACUUGUGCUGAUACAGGUGAGCUACAGCGGUUAGCUCACUGUGCAGCACUAGAUACAGUUUUCUUGCAAUAAUAUUUAUUCCCAUCAUGCAAAUUGCACCAGACAUCGAUAUCAAUUGUAAAUAUACGUUUCAUUUGUUACAACUAUCAAAUGUCAUACCUUUUACCUGGAGUAAUAUUGUUUUCUUAUUUUAAUAAGUGCACCAAAUAGUUUUAUUGACAUUUUCAUAUUUAUCUGUUGUUUAAUCUUUAUCUUUUAGACUUUGUUUUCAAAGGGGAUUAACUUAUUAUUGAACAGUAAUCAAAGAUAAAAGAUACUCUGUGUACGUUGUGGUUAAUCUCGAAGGUCAGUGAAACAGGUGCCAUGUCAGUUAGAUAGAUAUAGUGGCGUGCAUCAACUAACCAUGAUUCCAUUGCCAACUGCUACUGGUAAUUUACCUGCAAAACGCCACCUAGAAUGACAUCAUGAUGCAGUGCCAAAACAGAAAUGUCAAAUUUCAACUUAUACCAAAGAUAAAAUGAAAUGUAUGGACUUAGUUGAUAUUUAAUUCUACAGAUAUUUUCUUGAAGGUAAUUGUAACUUAGGAAGUAAUAGAUUAAACCCCAUCCCAGUAAACAGUUGAACAAUAUAUAUUCUGUUCAAUAUUUUGAAUGAAUAUAAUAUGUUCAAUAUUUUGAAUGAAUUUCUGCUGCAGACCAAUGAUCCUAGAACAUUUCUUCUUUUUGGUUGAUCUUUAUGGAUAACUUGCAAAUCUGAAAGUUCCACCUUUCAGCUGAUGGGGUUAAUCUUUUGCAUUCCAGAUCCAUAUGUGAGUAUUAUUACAGCCCUCAUGUAGUCCUCGUUUAAACAAAUGUUAGGUAUUUGUCUGCUGCAGAUACAUUGUGUAAGUAAUACCUCAUUAGCCAUUUGAACAAUUACUGUUAUGGUAUAUCUUGCUUGCUAUCAUUGUAAUGUCAUACCGGAUAUGUGACUACAUGAAUCGUGUCACCAGUGUUGACAUGUUAGUGUGGGUAAUGGAGAACAAACUAAGCCAUGUCAUUUCUGCAGCACCAUGACAUUUUCUAUAAAACGCUGAUGAGUUUCAAAGACAUUCCUAUCUUGACAAUACUUACUACUAUCUAGGAAUGAUUUCGUCAUUACUUAAAUGUUUGCUAGAUACAAGAGAAGAAUUCAAGAGUAUAUCUCUGGAUAUGUGCACUCUUUUGUUACCUUCCACUUUCUCAGUGAGCUAGUCAUGGAAGUAUUUCCAGCGUAAAGACACAGGGUAGGAGGUGUUAGACUGGGUCCACAUCUUGCCAGAUAAUUUAUUCAGUGCCUCUUUGAGGGGCCAGCAGAGAUAUAGGCCUUUUGACAUUGCCAACAUCUGAAUGUCUAGAACAACCCAUGAAAACAACAUCACACAGACUAAUCUUCAUUCUUUGUUAGGGUUGUUUUCAAAUUUAUACAUAUUUAAGGAACAACGAGCCUUUACUUUACUUUCCUUGAGGGGAAAAUAUGUGACAUAGAUUUCUUAGACUGAGUGAAUGGUGUUUUAUGCCAUAAUCAGCAUUAUUAGUGCUUUUCAAAUCUGACCAACACAAACUAGUUGUUGAUAAUUAAUUAUUUGUCAGGCUGCAAUGACACGCAAACUGAUGACACAAUAGGACAAUGAUAUCUAUUUUUAAAAUCAGUGGAUUUGGGCAUAUCAUGUCAGUGUUUCCCAUCUAACCCACAGUGAAGUUCAAAAGGUGAAACAUAAUAAUCAUUUUCUGUUGAUAAAACAUUUUAGAUGUAAGUGUGUGAGAGUGAAUAGGUUUGGAUCUACUGACCACAAGCAAUAUGCAUCUUCUUCUCACUACUGAGUCGCCAGCUUCCUCCGCAUCUUUAUCACAGCGUUAUUUAUUUAUUUCCUCAGUGCUAUGCUUCUUUUGUACCCAUAAAACAAUAAUAUUGAAAAAAAUGUAUAUGAUAUAUUUAUGUGUACAAGAUUUAUUUAAACUAACUUCUGUUAAAAGUAUAAAUUAAACUGGAAAUAAGAAACUAUAUUACAAUGAACUAUUUUUACUUGUAUGUAGAAUGUAAAUAAAUCCAUUUAUACAUGUUC